AUGUCAAACGGGCCCAUCUCGCCAAUGUCGCCCGUUGGUCGAGAGGAGCACGUGGACCAGCAGCACUUGGCUGAGAGUAGGAGCAGUUGGCAGAGUGGGAUGACAACGAAAAUUCCUACUCCUCGUGAGAUUGGUUGGGGCAAAUACAAGGACACGAAGUUAGAUGCUACUGCGCAAAGGAUACAGAGCUUUGAUUCGAGUAGGUUUUCAAGGGAUAGCUUGCAUGGAUCACAGUCAAAGAACGACAUUCUUCAGAUGACCAAGCGGGUUAGGACUCUUGAGGUUCAGAAUCUCUUCAUGCCCAACGACGAGAACGCACCCCAAAGCAAUCGGUCAGAAUUGUCAAGCAGAUUUCACAGGAAAACCAUCAUGCCAAACCCCGACAAUGCAGGGAGUAAGUUCUCUGUGGAGGGGUGGGGGCCAGCAUCCAAGGUUGAGUUCGAGGACUAUCCCGUCAGUCUAUUCUCACCCGACGUUUCAUCGCUGCUAACGAGUCGGAUCAUCCCCGAUAAGUCCGCGGCAAGUCCGGUGAGCGGAGCAUCGCAGAGGUCGCUCGAGCUCGAAGUGCACGGCGAGAGGCUCAUGAAGGAGAGCGAGCACCACGCGCAGAAGAUUGAGGCGAUGAAGGGCAUGAAGACCCUGAGCUCUCGUCAAGUCGCCAACCUGCACUACCACUUGUACAAGCGGGGAAGCAUGGCAGAUGCCAUCAAAGACCUCAAGAAAGGGUCGAGCCUCUCGAGCAAGGAUACCUCCCCGAGUAACUACAGGAGGAGCUUCUCUCCUGUCGACUUCUCCUUCCUCGUGACCACCAAGGUCGGACGACUGGAAGGCCCGUCACAGUCGCUCGGGAUCACGCAUGCUGCUGGGCUUCCGUCGCCACUGCGGUACAACCAGCAGGCAGAGCUGGACGGCGUUGCCAACAGCACAGCAUCAUCGAAGGGCUUUCAGAACGCGUAUCCCUUUCACAGCUCGAAGCAUGUAGAGUCAAGCUUGAAGGAGAUCCCUGUACCCAAGUUCGCCCAGGCCGUGAAGAGCUCUAACGCUUCCUCCUCUGUGUUCCGACCAUCGUUUGACAAGGGAGUGGAGUUGGACGGGCAGAUCGCGCCGGGCAAGAGGCCAAGAGACUUGACCAUCAAUCAUCGCUGA